UAUUGAACAGACUCAUACACCACAUUUCGUCAAAAUAUGAAGAAACCAGGUUCUCCUCUAUUUCUUCUCUUCAUGCUUUUCAUAAUUCUACUAAUAGAAACAAUAGUAGCAGAUCCAAGAUCCCACACAAUUGAGAUCAGGUGCACAACUACAUUAGACCAAAACACAACCAUCCAUGUCCCCAACUUCAUUGCCACCAUGGGUAUCAUUCAAAACCAGAUUCAAACUUAUGGUUUUGGAGUAGCAAAUGUGGGCUCAGGUCCUGACGGCUGCUAUGGUCUUGCCCAGUGCUAUGGAGAUCUCUCUUCCCUUGACUGUGAUCUUUGCUAUGCUGAGAACAGCAUUGUCGAUCCCAAAUGCUACCCUUACAGUGGGAGCAGCACCUACACGGAUGGUUGCUUCAUGCGUUCUGCGAAUUAUGACUUCUAUCAGGAGUUUACAGGUCCUGGAGAUAAGGUUGUGUGUGGAAAUACAUCGCGAAAGGGACUCGGAUUCCAGAAUUCGGCCAGAAAAGCUCUGUUGGAUGCAGCUGCAGCUGCACCAGAUCAGGGAGGCUAUUCCAAGUCUGUGGUGCCUGUGCCGGGGUGGACGAAUGAGUCAGUUUAUGUGCUGGCAAAUUGCUGGAGAACAUUGAAUAUAAGCUCUUGCAGAGCAUGUUUAGACAAUGCAUCAGCCUCGAUGAUGGGUUGCUUCCCAUGGUCAGAAGGGCGGGCACUGUACACAGGGUGCUUCAUGAGGUAUUCAGACACAAACUUCCUGAAUGAAGAAGAGAGUGGUGGACAAUCAACAGGGAGCAAAGUAGCGAUGGUGGUUGCCAUUCUGAGUUCUGUGGUUGUUUUAAUGAUUGGGGUAGCUAUUGGAGUUUAUAUUUGGAGACACGGAAGAGUACAAAAGAAAAGAAGAGGUACAAAUGAUAUGAUAAAAAUGGCAAAGAUGCUUCACGACAGUAGCUUGAAUUUUAAGUACUCUACACUUGAAAAGGCCACCGGAUCUUUUGAUGAUUCCAACAAGCUCGGUCAAGGAGGAUUUGGAAUAGUUUACAAGGGAGUUCUGCCUGAUGGAAGGGAGGUUGCUGUGAAGAGGCUUUCCUUUAAUAACAGAUACAGAGCUGCAGAUUUUUACAAUGAAGUUAACAUGAUAAGUACCCUCCAACACAAGAAUUUGGUCAAGUUGUUGGGUUGCUGCUGUUCAGGACCAGAAAGCCUUCUUGUCUAUGAAAUUCUCCCAAAUAAGAGCCUUGACCGCUUCCUCUUCGAUCCAAGCAGAGGUAAAGCACUGAACUGGGAAAGAAGAUUUGAUAUAAUCAAAGGGACAGCAGAAGGUUUGGUCUACCUUCAUGAGAACCCCAAUGUUAAAGUCAUCCACAGAGAUAUAAAAGCCAGCAACAUCCUAUUAGAUUCAAAGCUGCGAGCUAAAAUUGCUGAUUUUGGGUUGGCAAGGUCUUUCCAAGAAGACAAAAGCCACAUCAGUACUGCCAUUGCAGGAACCCUAGGGUAUAUGGCUCCAGAGUACAUAACCCGUGGUCAGUUAACAGAAAAGGCAGAUGUCUAUAGCUUUGGGGUACUUUUACUAGAGAUUGUUACUGGAAUACAGAACACCAGAAACAGAACAUCUGAGUACUCUGAUAGUCUUGUCACUGCUGCAUGGAAACAUUUCCAACUGGGGACAACAGAGAAUCUUUUCGACCAAAAUUUGAUGUCGCAGAGCUACAAUCACAAUGAGGACAUUAAGAAGGAGAUUUUAAGGGUAGUGCAUGUGGGUUUUUUGUGCAUGCAGGAGGUUCCUUCAUUGCGACCAUCAAUGUCAAAGGCCUUUCAAAUGCUGUUGAAGAAGGAUGAACAACUCCCUGCACCCACCAAUCCACCUUUUAUGCUCAGUGAUACAUGCAAAGACCAAUGUGGUCCUCUCAAUGCUCCAUUUUCAAUUGUUAUUGUUUCCCAUAGCUCCUUUAAUCCCAGGUGACCUCAGAAUGGAAAUACAGAAAACAAACCCAUGCCAGUGUUUACAUGAGUGCAA